AUGGCAGGGAUGAGGGAAAACGGGCCGGAGAACAUUGACUUUAUUCCAUUUUUGACCUUACGGGAGGCUGUGCGGAAUGGUGAAUGGAAGGGUGUAAAGGACUUCCUGGAGAAACAUCCCGAUGCAAUGACUGCAAAGAUUGAAAUUUUUGGAAGGACUCCUCUUCAAGUCGCUAUUGCUGCUGGACAUAUGCACAUGGUGGAGAAGUUGGUGGAAAGAAUGUCUCAAGAAGAGCUGAAAACAGUAGAUGAUGAAGGUUUCAUAGCCCUAGCUGAGGCCACAUGUGGUGGAAACUACCAGAUGGCAAAGUGCAUACUAAAAAAGAAUAAGAGCUUGGUCAGAAUUGCAAACAUGGGAGGCGUACUUCCAGUUGUACUGGCUAUUGUCACUGGGCAUAUUGAAUUGGCUAGGUAUCUCUACUCUCUCACUCCUAUAGAAGAUUUGAAGCCAGAAAAUGGCAUUAGCGGAGCUGAACUUUGUACACAGGCUAUACAUAUGGGAGCACUAGGAAUCAAGCAAUUAUAUGAAAUGAAGGCUGUCCAUGCCCAGUCGCGUGACCUUCUGCAGCUCCUGUGCUGUGAGGUCACAUCGACUUCUGAUCAUCAACAAAGGCAUCAACCUUGCCUUAAUGUAUCCAUAUACCGUGCUAUUUACGAAGGGAAUGUUGAGUUUUUUCUAGAUAUGGUUCGAACAAAUCCUGAGCUUGUGUGGAUUCUAGAGAUAACUAAGGGAAGAAACAUCUUGUCACAUGCUAUUGGAUCUCGCCAAGCUACAAUAUUUAACAUCAUAUGCGGCCUUCAUGAGAAGAACCAAUUGGCAGGGAUGUUGCCAGUUUUCACUGUGCUUAGUAUCAUUCCAGGCGCAGCUUUAAAGAUGCAAAGAGAACUACAGCGGUUUAAGAAGGUGGAGAGCAUUGUUCAACCCAAGAUUAAGGAACAUAUGAUCUCCCAAUUUUACAAGCCUUGGCAAUAUUUUGUGGAGGAACAUAAGAACAUGAUGGAAGACGGAGAACGAUGGAUAAAGGAUACAGCAACUUCUUGUACAGUAGUAGGUGCUCUCAUAGCCACUAUCAUGUUUGCUGCAGUCUUCACGAUUCCCAAAGUUAACAACCAAACUACACGGUUCCCAAUAUUCUCGGAGGAAAAGUUGUUUAUACCCUUCAUCAGAUUCCUUGUCACUUUUUUCUUCCUCAACUUCAGUGUUGAUAUUUUUGGAAAUUCUCACGUCAUGCUAUGCAGAAGAUGA